AUUUGCUGUCAAAACAACUUGGGCUUUCUGAACAGGAACAACCUCAGACCUAUACCAAUUACCAUUGUCUCUAUAUAAUGACAGUGAAGUUUUCAAGCUUGAAACUCAAAAACAGUUUGGUUCCUAGGAGAAAGAGAAACUGAAAGAUAUUUCAGUUACCAAUGAGAAAAUCGGGCAGUUCUACCUUUCUUUCUGUGCCUUCCGUGAUUCCUCUGUUUCUUGUUCUUCUUCUUCAUGUCUCUGCCCAAUGGGCAGCCGCAGACUCGGUUCAUGCUACGUUUGUUCACUGUCUGUCUAAGCAAACAAACCAACCCAACAAAGUUUCCCAAAUAGUUUAUGCUCAAACCAACGCUUCCUACACAUCUGUGCUCCGAGCCUACAUCAGAAACUCCCGCCUCAACACUUCCUCUACCCGAAAACCUGUGAUCAUUGUAACCCCAACGCAAGAAUCCCAUGUCCAGGCCGCCGUAAUUUGCUCAAAGAGCAUUGGCCUUCAGAUCAGAACCCGAAGCGGCGGCCAUGACUACGAGGGCAUCUCUUACAUCUCCGAUGUGCCGUUUCUACUUCUCGAUAUGUUUAAUCUCAGAUCCAUAAAUAUCGAUCUUAAGGAACAAACAGCUUGGGUUGGAGCCGGCGCCACGCUCGGAGAGCUUUAUUAUAGAAUCUGGGAGAAGAGCAAAGUGCACGGCUUCCCAGGCGGUGCUUGUCCCACCGUUGGCGUUGGUGGGCACAUUAGCGGCGGAGGGUAUGGUAACAUGCUGCGUAAAUAUGGGCUGUCGGUGGAUCAUGUAAUCGACGCGAGGAUUGUCGACGCUAAGGGUAGGAUUCUUGAUAAGACUUCAAUGGGGGAAGAUCUGUUUUGGGCAAUCAGAGGAGGAGGAGGAGCAAGCUUUGGAGUGAUACUUUCGUACAAGCUUAAUUUGGUUCCUGUUCCAGAAACGGUCACAAUUUUCCGGGUUGAGAGGACAUUGGAAGAGAACGCGACCGACAUUGUUUACAAGUGGCAGCAGGUUGCCACCACAACCGAUGACAACCUUUUCAUGAGGUUGCUCUUACAGCCUGUGCGUUCCAAAUUGAAUAAGGGGGAGAUGACUAUUAGAGCUUCGAUCGUAACCUUGUUUCUUGGAAACGCCGAGCAACUUGUUUCAUUGUUGGGUAAAGAGUUUCCUGAAUUGGGUUUGAAGAAGGAAAAUGUCACGGAAACAAGUUGGAUUGAAUCUGUCGUUUGGUGGGCUAACUCCGACAUUGGGACGCCCCCAGAUGUCCUGCUCGACCGAAAUCCUGACUCUGCAGAUUUCUUGAGGAGAAAGUCAGAUUAUGUGCAGAAGCCGAUUCCCAAAGAUGGGUUGAAUUGGCUAUGGAAUAAGAUGAUUAAGAGUGGAAAAACAGGUUUGGUUUUCAACCCGUAUGGUGGGAAAAUGAGAGAAAUUCCUGCUUCUGCUACGCCUUUUCCACACCGUGCUGGAAAUUUGUUUAAGAUCCAGUACUCCCUAAGUUGGGAAGAGGAGGGAGUUGUGGCAGACAAGAAUCACACUACUCAGAUAAGAACGCUUUUCAGUUACAUGACUCGAUUUGUUUCCAAGAACCCAAGAAGUGCAUAUCUGAACUAUAGGGACCUUGACAUUGGUGUCAAUCGCAAUAAUAAGAAUAGCUAUGAAGAAGGGAAGGUUUAUGGCGUCAAAUACUUCAACGACAACUUUAACAGGUUGGUGAAGGUUAAGACUGCAGUAGAUCCUGAUAACUUCUUCAGGAACGAGCAGAGCAUCCCAGUUCUUCCAAAUCUGGUGAUCAAUGAAGCUGUUUUUCGAAGCAACGAGUUAAAGAGUCUAUGCCCCGACUACUUCAGGCACGUACAAUCCAUAAAAUACCACAUAUCCAUGGCACUUAAAUAGUAAGGCUAUACGUUCCUCUCGGAAUCUGGCUCCUGGGAUAGUGUUCGGUGUUCCUAUAUAAUCGAGAAAUUGGAAAAUCAAACUCAAAGCAAAUAGACAUACAUAGUCAUAAAUGGGAAAUUCAAGUCCGUUGCCGGAUAUUUCUAUACCGCCAAUAUUUCCUCUCAUUCUUCUUCUUCUCCAUGUCUCUGCUUCAUGGGCAGCCCCCGAUCCAGUCUAUAUACCUCCUUUGUUCAAUGCUUCUCUACCCGAACAAAGCAACCAAGCCUACUCUCCCAGAUUGUUUAUGCUCAAAACAAUCCUUCCUACACAUCCGUUCUACGUGCCGACUAUGAAGGCGUCUCGG